GGCAUCAAGGCUUGUCGGUUGCCUACUCCGACAUCUCGCCGUGACGCACGCUGAGAGCGAGGCGAGGCGAGCCGUUCGGGGAUUCCAAUGAGCUGUUCGGAGAUGCCUAGAAUCCCUGGCGCCCUGCUCACAAGCUUCGCAGCCGCUGAUCUUUAGGCAUGGAGCGAUGCAGCUUGCUCAAGUCUCAGCAGCCCGUUUUCAGCUAUUUUCGUGCAGCGGGUGCGAGUAGGGUGCCACGCCGUCUUUGAUUCCAAGGACCUUGCCGUUCUUCGUUCCUGCCGCAGGAAGCCUAAUCCCACAUAGAUUAUCGCAUCGCGAGCAGCCCCUAGUGCGCGUGCGGGACUCUUUACUAGUUCGUGCUGUUGCGCUUCCUCUAGUUUAUUGCGUCGGAUUUUCUGCCAGUACCGCCAUGGCGUUCCUUAGUCCUUUGUUGAGAAGAAUAGUGCUGAGCUACUUUUAUGUGGCGAUAUGGAUCGCUUUAAGCUUUUCCGUCAUUAUAUUCAAUAAGUACAUCCUGGACAGGAAGAUGUACAACUGGCCGUACCCCAUCAGUCUGACGAUGAUCCACAUGGCGUUCUGCUCGUCGCUGGCGUUCGUGCUGGUGCGCGUGCUGCGCGUGGUGGACCCGGUCGCCAUGAGCCUCGAGAUGUACCUCUCGUCCGUGCUGCCCAUCGGCGCGCUGUACGCCAUGAGCCUCUGGUUCUCCAACUCCGCCUACAUCUACCUCUCCGUCUCCUUCAUCCAGAUGCUGAAGGCGCUGAUGCCGGUGGCGGUGUACACGCUGGGGGUGGCGUUUCAGAAGGACGCAUUCCGCUGCGCCACCAUGAGCAACAUGCUGCUCGUGUCGGUGGGCGUGGGCAUAGCGGCGUACGGCGAGGCCAACUUCAACUUCACGGGCGUGCUGCUGCAGCUCGCCGCCGUCGCCUUCGAGGCCACUCGCCUCGUGCUCAUCCAGAUCCUGCUGGCGUCCAAGGGCAUUUCGCUGAACCCCAUCACGAGCCUGUACUACGUGUCGCCCACGUGCCUCGUCUUCCUCACCAUCCCCUGGUUCUUCGUCGAGUACCCCUCGCUCGCGCCGCACCUGCUCGCUCCGCGCCCCGACCUGCUGGUGUUUGGGGGCAACUGCGUGUGCGCCUUCGCGCUCAACCUCGCCGUCUUCCUGCUCAUCGGCAAGACGUCAGCGCUCACCAUGAACGUCGCAGGCGUGGUGAAGGACUGGAUGUUGAUUGCCUUCUCCUGGUCGGUCAUCAAGGAUAGGGUCACCGCCAUCAACCUGAUGGGGUACCUUCUGGCGUUUGGUGGCGUGUGCUGGUAUAAUCACUCCAAGUUGCAGGAGAUGAAGGCAAAGGAUGCCGCAAGGAAGGCUGCGCAGUUGGAUGAGGAGAAGGGGCUCAUUUCAGAUGGUUCGACCACAGACUCGGUAGUGCAGAAGAGGCAAUCUCAAAGCUCCUAGUGUGUUCAGUCGUACCGUGGCUUCGUAAUAUGCAAACAAGCUUAGUUACAAGCUUGGCUUCUGUCUGUGUACCUUUCAUUCACCAGGGAAACCAUAGGAUUUUCCUAGUGUGCUCUUAUCUGUGUUGCUACACUUUGAAGUGCACAAAGAGGGCACAUGUGAGGCAAAGUGCAGAGCGCCACGUGGCUCGAUGUCA